AUGUCAGAUCAACAACCUCUUUCCCCUACGCCUGUGACGAGGCGAGGAGCGAUACCAACCAACAUGGUGACUUACAAGGGUAGACGAAUACCAGCUCGAAUAGAUCCCGAAGCUCGUGUGGCUUAUAUAGUCGAAAUCAUGUCUACAUCUUUCUCCACAAGAGAACACCAUAUCACUUUGUGUCUGAGAGACGAAGCUGAUCACCUCGUUACUCAAAACAAUUUGCCCAGCAAGGUAUACAAUCACGACGUUCUCAAACUCGUGCCCUCCCCUGCAACAGAAGCUCUAGUAGUAGUCACAUCUCUUAAAUCAGCUAUACAUCGAACUUCCCUAGGUGACAGCACAAUCAAUUUACCAACUUCAGCCGAUGCCAUACCACUGAAAUUAGCUUUAUUCAACUUGCAAAAAUAUAUCAAAGAAGAAGAAUUCGCAGUUGAAUUUAUGCUCAAAGGUGGCAUGAAAAUCCUAGUGAGAUUCCUGGAGAGAUCAGAAGGUGGUUUAACUGGAAAUAGUCUUGCUUACGCUUUACAAGGUAUUAGAGGAAUUCUGGAAUUCGAAUCUGGAUGGGGUGAUUUAUCAGAUAAUUUUAUUGAUCGAAUUUUACAAGUUCUUAUAACAGCUUCACAACCUAAUAUAUUGAGACCUGCUACAGCUAUAAUACGUAAAUUGGUCAUAUCGUCUCCACAACUGAAGGACAAUAAACCAGGAUUGAAAAUGCCUGUAACACCUUAUGGUCAAAUCAAAAAAGACCGGAAAGGUAAAGGAAAAGAUAAAGAUUUCAAUGAUAAAGAUAAUAGAGAUCCAGAUAAAGUGAAUCAAUAUGGUUUUGACAGGGUAUAUGGUAGAAUCAAAGGCAUUAUCGGUGAAGAUGAUGAUGGUCAUAAUGGUGUGGAACUUCUCUUCAAGAUCGUCGUGAGAAGGUUAGAAGGAACUGGAGAUCUAGAACUGGUCGCUCAGAGCUUAGGAUUGAUUAACUCGUGUCUUCGUUCGGGUCAUCAAGAAAACUCAAAACAGUAUCCGGAGCUAGUAAAUGUAUUAGAGCAUUUGAGUAUCAGGCGAUAUAUCUCCAGACUUAUGCCCACUUGCGCCAACAAUAUCGUCGAGACUCAGAUAUUGAAUUUCCAAGCGCGUUAUGGUGUGAUCUUGCAACAUCGAAGGUUACGUCCAGUCCGACCCGGCAGUAACACUCAACAAGAGAAAUUGUUACGUGAAGUGUGGGACCUCGGUAGAUUAGGAACUGAUAUCGACGAGAAUACCACCUCCAACAGUGGACACGCGCACAGCCAUACUUCCAGAAAUGGGGCUGCUAGAAAUGCUAUUGGCUGGAAGAGGAUUGGUUUGUGUGAAGAUGGCGAGGAAGACGCUGGCUUUUUGAUGGAAAUGGAAAUGUUUAGAGAUGUAGGCGAACUAGGUUUAGAAUGUCUACAUCACUUCGCAAGUCACGAGGAGAGUUUCAUCAAUCUCAUCAUGGAACAACAGGCUCGUCCUGCCGAACGACGAUGUCCGAUCGGGAAAGCGAGUGCCGAAUGUGUCAAAAUCCUCUGCGAACAUUACAAAAUUUCUCAAGCAGGACAUCAUGCACCGUCCAACUUCCAAUUGUUUUUGCUGAAUUUCACCAAACUCCAUCAACUCGUUCUUCGUUUCUUCCUAAGGAUGUGGUCUGAAUCAGCGUCGCAGAUUCCUGAUUUCCCGAAAGUAUCAUUUCUAGUACGGUCACAGAUCCGUUUAUCUCUGAGUGACGAGGGCAACAAAACAUGGCUUAAUCUGGAACAAGAUUUCCUAGCUACUGAAUAUAGGACAAUAAGGGAUAGACAAAUGGACCUGCUCGAGAAAGAGGAUGGAAUGAUGUCGAGACCUGCUGUGAGGGAAUUGAGGGACAAGCUGGGAAGAGAAGGGUAUGAAGUUCUAUCGGAGCAGAGGAUUGGAUGUAUGCUUCAAGGGGGAUGGUUCAAUUCCGCCAUGGUCAUUACUCCUGGUCUAUCGUCAGCCAUGAGAGCAAAUGCUCAGAAGCCGUUGAGAUUUUUACGAUUAUCGCCUAAUCGACGAGUAUUGGCUUGGGACGAGUUUGCUCGGAGAGUUGAUAAUCCUCCUUUUGAGCAUUUGAGAGAACGAAUCGAGAUAUCGACAAUCACAUCUAUUCGAUCUUCUACAGGUUGCGCAGUCAAUUCACGUUCACCCAAUCUUGUUUCCAAACUAUCUUUCUCCCUCAUUGGAGAGAAUGAAACUAGUUUGUUAGAUCUAGACGCCAUUCACGCUGCUCAAUUAGCAGAAUGGACCGAUGGGAUCAGAGUCCUAAGAGGUGAAGGAGGAAUGGGAAGUAAAGAUUCUGCUGAUUAUAUCCAUAUCCUGGCGGAGUUGGCAUUAAAAGUGAGAUUGCUGGAUAUAACAGGUGAUGGAGUUGAAAUUCCUGACAAGGUGACAUUCGGUAAUGCUCCAAAAAGUUUAGACUUUGUCUUUGCCAAAUAA